AUGGCGGGGGACGCCGACGACAUCCUGCGCUAUGAGGAGCGCAUUGCUGGGCUGCUGGCCACGGUGGCCCGGCUGCACCGGAGAGCCGAGCAGCUGCAGCGCCGCGUGGGCAGGUACCGGCACACGGCGGCUGUGGGAGGUGACCGCCCGGCACCGGCGGGCACCGGCGCAGCCUUUGCCCGGCGAGGAGUGGGCGCGGGCAGCCAAGGUGAGGCACACCGGCAUGGUCAGCCCAGACGCCAACGGGAUGGGCGCUGGCUGAGCCGCCCUGUAUUCCCAGAGCCUGGAGCAGCUGGAUCGGACACCGGGCUGGGCCGGGGAGGACGACGCGCCGGGGCCUGGAGGAGGGAGCAGGCGAGGGGGGUGCCGGCGGAGGAGGCGGCGGUGGCGGCGGCAUCGGCGAGGAACGCGGCACUGCGGGCAGCCCUGGGGUGCCGGGACGAGGAGCUGAACCGGGUGACCACCUCGCUGCGGGCGCUGCGGGGGGAGCGCGACCGGCUGCAGCAGAAGGUCCAGGACCUGCGGGAUGCUCUGUCCAGGCUGGAGCAGCUGGGGGGCUCCGGCAGCGACAGCCCUGGGCUCGGCAGCCCCCCAGGGCAGGAGGAGCCCCGGCUGCCCCAGGACUUGCCCCAGUGCGGCGAUGGCGCUCAGCCCCACGGUGUGCCGCCCCACAGCCCCCUCUGCCCCCAACCCUCGGAGGGUGCCAGCCGGGAGCAGGAGGAGCGGGUGCAGCAGCUUCAGGGGUCCCUGGGGAGGCUGCAGGAGGUGAACCGGCAGCUGGCGGCCGCGCUGCAGGAGUGCAAGAGCGAUGCGGAGCGGCUCAGCAUGGUGCUGGGCCAGCACGAGUCCCGCAGCACCGCCCUGCGCCUGGCCCUGCGCUGCAGCGAGCGCUGCGGGGGGGCCUACGCCGCCCUCCUCGACCUGAUGCGGGCAAAGCUGGGCAGGGAGGAGGAUGGUGCCCGUGCGGGAGCCGGAGAGGAGCAGAGCCCGGGACACGGAUGGGGGUCCAGCCCCACGCCGACGGAGGGGCCGCAGUUCCCAGGCCGAGCAGAGCCAGAUGGCCAGGAGGAGAGCGGAGACAGCGGCUCCCCCAGGCUGCAGAGCAUCCCGGCACCCCACGGGAUGGAGGAGGGGGCCCUGCGUGAGCACAUCCGUCGGCUGCGUGCGGAGCAGGCGGCCGUGGAAGCGUCCCUGCACGAUGCCCCGGGACCCACCAGCACCCACCGCAGCGAGGACGCCCGAGCCCGGGCUGAGCGGGUGCUGCGGGAAGCCAGGGCUCUCCUGCCUGGCUGGAGGCGACCGGAGAAAGCGGAGCUGUUGCAGGAUUUGGCGAUGCUCAAGGAGGCCAUGGCUGACCUGAAGACUCAGCUACAGCUGGCGGAGAGGGAGAAGAGGGGCCUGGAGGUGCUGGUGGCCGGGCAGGGGCCGCGGGAGGCUGCGCUGCGCCUGGUGCUCCAGCACCUGGAGCAGGAGCGGGACGGGGGGCCCGGCCAUCCCCCCAGCCCCCCCAGCAGCUCCAGCAGCAGCGAGGAGGAUGCCCAAACUGGCCGGGUGGGAGCAGCGGCUCCCCGGCACCCUCCGGACCCAGAGAGGAUGGGGGAAGAGCUGCUCCGCACCCUGGCCCGGGUGGAGGAGCUGCGCACCCGAGCACAGGCACUGGUGCUGUCCCUGGAGCAGAGCAGCGCCGUCAGCCGCGCACAGCAGGCGCAGUGCGUCACCGUCACCGCAGACUUCUUCCAUGCUCACAGCGCGCUGGCCCUGGCGUACCGCGGUGCCCGUCGGAAGCAGGCAGCCCAGCUGCGGCGGCUGGAGGUGCAGGCAGGUGCCCUGCGCAGGCAGCACGCCUGGCGGGUGCAGGCACUGACCCGCAGGCUGCAGACCCUGGAGCAGGGGACGGCCGGCAGCGAGACCUGCAUCUAGGGACCCCUCGUCACCCCCCAAGACCCCCACCCAUGCCGGGAGGCGCCUGCU